UUUUGUUUGAACAUCAUACUGUAUAUACUAUCAUGAACACAAUGCAAAGCAAAUCAUCUUGGGCUGACGAUAUUGAAGAUGAAGAUCCCUAUCAAUCGAAGGUAUUCACUGACGAAAAUGGUAUCAAACAUAUUGUUGAAUACAAGGAAAACGAUGCUGGAAAGAAAGUCAAGAUUACUCGUAAAAUCCGAUCCACUCUUAAGACUGAACAUGUCAACAAAGCUGUAGCUCAACGAAAGAAAUGGGCUAAAUUUGGUGAAGAAGAAGGCAAUAAACCUGGACCUGACUUAUCAACCACUACCAUUGGUGAAAAUAUUCCUUUGAAAUUAGGAUCCAAAGCUGGCAAGAGUGUUGAAACAGCUGCUGCGGAAGAAGCUCAAGAUAAAGUACGUAGUCAACUCAAAUCCAAGAACAUUAUGUGUCGUAUUUGUAAAGGUGAACAUUUCACAUCAAAAUGUCCUUACAAGGAUACAUUACAACCAUUGGACGAAAUCGCAUCAUCAUUGGAAGCUGUCAAAAUGGAAACAUCCGAUUUAUCUGGUACCAACUCACCCGAACCCGUGUCAGCUGGUGGACCAAGCAAAUAUACUCCUCCUCAUCUUCGCAAUAAGGCUGCUGCUGCCGCUGGUGGUCAAGGAGGUGAAUCUAUGCGUGAUCGUCGUGAUGACAAUUGUACUUUACGUGUUACCAACUUGUCUGAAGAUGUGGUUGACAAUGAUAUCCAUGAUCUGUUCCGCCGCUUUGGCAAUAUUACUCGUGUCUUCUUGGCUCGUGAUCGUGAAACUCGGAUGUGUAAAGGUUUCGCCUUUGUCUCAUUUGCUGAUCGGGAGGAUGCUGAACGUGCUCAACAAGCUAUCAAUGGUUAUGGUUAUGACAAUCUCAUUCUUAGAGUCGAAUUUGCUCGUAGUCAAUAGAUAAGUUAAUUGUUAUUUUAUUUUAUUUUUUAGUAUAUUUAGUCAUCGCCUUGUAGUAGUUGUGUAGUUUUUUUUUUUUUCUUCCCUUUCUCUCUCUUUUUAUAUAUUCAUUGUUGAUAUCGAUCUUUUUUUUAUAGUAGUUCAUCAAAAUUCAUCAUUCCAAAAAUAAAAACACAAUCAUUCCUAUUCUUUUUUUU